UGGCCGUCGGCUGUUGGGUACCGUUCGUUGUUACCGCUUUCACAAUGUCUGGCCGUGGUAAGGGAGGUAAGGGUCUUGGCAAGGGAGGUGCUAAGCGGCACCGGAAGGUGUUGCGGGAUAACAUCCAGGGCAUCACCAAGCCAGCCAUCCGGCGCCUGGCUCGGCGUGGUGGCGUUAAGCGUAUCUCUGGGCUUAUUUACGAAGAGACCCGCGGUGUUCUCAAAGUGUUCCUGGAGAACGUGAUCCGAGAUGCUGUCACCUACACGGAGCACGCUAAGAGGAAGACCGUCACUGCCAUGGACGUUGUAUACGCUCUUAAGCGCCAAGGCCGAACUCUGUACGGCUUUGGGGGUUAAUCCGCUAACUUGGAGCCUGUGAUUGCCGUGCCUUCUGCACCCACAAAAGGCCCUUUUUAGGGCCGCCCACCUUGUCACUUAAAAGGAGUUGUGUGCAUAGUGUCUCCUGGGGGUCGUUUUAAGUGUUCCAGUGCAGCUUUGCUCAUUGAGGCUGGAGGAUCUGCGGGUUUUAUUUAUGUACUUUUUUGAGGAAUUCUGCUGGGGGAAUCACUGAAAGGGGCAUUGUGUGACUUGUGACUUAUGGAAUGUGUGAAACAUGUCUACAAAGCUGUCCUGGAAACAAAAUGGAAAAAUUCCUUCCAGCAAGGGAAGGUAGAAGUUGCAAGAAUGAUUGACAGGUCUUAAGACUUAGAAGCUUUCAGGAGCUGGUUGGGUCAGAGUUCCAAGGAGCAGUUUCCAACUGACUCUGUCUGGAGUUGAAAGUGAAGAAGGAAGGUGUGUAUCUGAGACUCCCUGAACAAGCCACCUAUCAAUCAACUGGCCUUUAAGGAUCAACUGGCUGAGGGUUAGAGGAAAAUCUCCAGUCUUCCUGGUGGACAGAUGGACUGGAGAAAAGACCUCUACCUUGCUGGAACCAUUUGAGGACACCACAACUUAGAUUCCUGAUACCUGACCAACCAUUGACUCUGUGUGUGUGAGAUUCUGAAUUUACUGUGGGAUUUAUUCUGGGUAAAAAGUCAGAUGCUACCCUUUCCCUUAUUCCUUUCCCAAUAUCUUCCCCGUCUUUGUUAAUAAACUCAAGUUAUUUAAAUGUGAUUUUUCCCUUGUGUAUAAACCCUUUCCCCUUUCCUAAAAUCCCCAUAACACUAUCCAAAAAUCUGAUUGGGUGUUGUUCCCUGUUCUUCUAAUUAGCUUGAUAUAUCCUUUUAUGUUUAAGGUAUGUAUCAAUUUGAUCCUAUUUUAAUGAAUGGUAUAAGAUAUUGGUCUAUACCUAGUUUCUGCCAAACUACUUUCCUGUUGUCCCAGUAAUUUUUACCAAACCAUGCAUUCUUAUCCCCAAAACUUGGAUCUAUACUUUUGUCAAAUACAAGGUAACUCUAAUCUUUUAUUUCUGUUUGUUUUAUAUCUGUUCUGUUAGUUUGGUUUUUUUAAAUAAAGUUUAUAUUUAUUAGCUAAUACCAGACAGUUUUAAUAAUUAUGGAUUUAAUUUAAAAUCCAGUUUUGCUAGACUUUCUUCCUUUACAUUUAAAAAAUUAAUUCCUUUGGUAUUCUUGAUCUUUUGUUCUUCCAAAUGAAAUUUGUUUUUAUUAUUUCUAGCUCUCAAUAAAAUAGUUUUUUGAUAAUUUAAUUGGGAUGAAUAAGUAGACUAAUUUAGGUGGGAGUGUCAUUUUAAUUAGAUUGGCUCUAUCUACUCACUAAUAGUAUUUACCUGAAUAUUUAAAUUUGACUUUAUUUGUGUAAAAAGUGUUUUAUAAUUAUAUUCCUGUAAUUACCUGGUUUGUUUUGACAAGUAUACUCCUGGGUAUUUUAUUCUGUGUGGUUAUUUUAAAUGGGAUGUCUCUUUUUAUCUCCUGAAGAACUUUGUUGAUGAUAUAUUAAACAAUGCUGAUGAUUUAUUUGGGCUUA